GGAAUAGCGGGAACGCAUUGCAUAGUGCGCGAUCAUUGUUGUUUGUGAUUCGGCCUUUAGCAACCGCGAAGGCGAUCUUCACCCCCUACCACGACCGUCUCCCUCCCCCGUCUCCCGCUCGGUAUCAUUCACAAUGAGCGGAACACGUAGCCAGAUCGAGAAGGCCAUCACUCAAAUACAGGACAAGCCACCCAUACCAGAAAUCGACUUCACUCAGCACCAGCUCGACAAUGGCUUCACCAUCAGCACGCAGGAACGCGUCGUGAAAGAGGUGCAAGCCCCCGCCAUGGCCAUCCCAACGGACGAGCAGUUCUUCUCCGGUGAAGACCCCACGAAGCCCGACAUCGCGUUCCUCAAGAACCACUUCUACCGAGAGGGUCGAGUAUCAGAAGAGCAGGCCACGUACAUCCUGGAGAAGGCGACUGAGCUGCUGAGAGCGGAGCCGAAUUUGCUCUACGUCGACGCGCCGGUCACUGUGUGUGGCGACAUACACGGCCAAUAUUACGAUCUCAUGAAACUGUUUGAGCUCGGGGGCAAUCCAGCAACCACGCGGUACCUCUUCCUUGGCGACUACGUCGACCGAGGAUACUUCAGCAUUGAGUGCGUGCUCUACCUCUGGUCCUUGAAGAUUUGGUACCCGGAUACCCUGUUCCUCCUGCGCGGGAAUCACGAAUGUCGUCACUUGACGGAUUACUUCACCUUCAAGCUCGAGUGCAAGCGCAAGUACUCAGAGCGCCUCUACGAUACAUGCAUGCAGUCAUUUUGCGCGCUGCCCCUUGCUGCUAUCAUGAACAAGCAGUUCUUCUGUAUUCACGGUGGCCUCUCGCCCGAACUGCAGACGCUGGAAGACAUCCGUGCGAUCGAUCGGUUCCGAGAGCCUCCCACGCAGGGUCUGAUGUGUGAUAUUCUCUGGUCCGACCCCGUCGAGGACUUCGGCCAAGAGAAGAUGAACGAGAGCUUCGUGCACAACCAUGUCCGCGGGUGCUCUUACUUCUUCACGUAUCAGGCAGCAUGUCAGUUCUUGGAGCGUAACAAGCUUCUUUCCAUCAUCCGAGCGCACGAGGCACAAGAUGCUGGAUACCGUAUGUACCGCAAGACCAGAACAACGGGCUUCCCCUCCGUCAUGACCCUCUUCUCCGCCCCUAACUACUUGGAUGUCUACAACAACAAGGCCGCUAUCCUCAAGUAUGAGAGCAACGUUCUCAACAUUCGACAGUUCAACGCGAGCCCUCACCCGUACUGGUUGCCGAACUUCAUGGAUGCGUUCACGUGGAGUUUGCCCUUCGUCGGCGAGAAGAUCACCGACAUGCUGUUGGCGAUGCUCAACUGCUGCACCAAGGAAGAGUUGGAGGAGGAAAGCUCCGACGAGGAAGUCGAGGGGCCGCUUGUGUCGCCUGGUGGCGCACUCUCCGAGGAGUCCUCAGAGAGACGGAAGGUCAUCAAAAACAAGAUCCUUGCUGUCGGGCGGAUGUCGCGUGUUUUUGCUCUGCUUCGGGAGGAGUCCGAGAAAGUGUCGGAGCUCAAAAGCAUUUCCGGCUCUGCCAAGUUGCCAUACGGGACGCUCGCAUUGGGCGCGGAGGGCAUUAAGGAUGCCAUCACUGGCUUCGAGGAUGCCCGUAAAUCCGACAUUGAGAAUGAGCGUCUGCCGCCCGACCUCUACGACGCUGAGUCUGAAGAAGGCAGAGCGAUCCUGUCUUCGGGGCCAUCGUCGCCCGAUGGCUCACCAGCAUCUCCGCCCCCCGCCGCUGGCGUUGCACAGGCGCUGGAGAAGGCGAUCUCCAGCGGCUCUGUCACACCGAUCAGCACGUCUGGCCCCAGCACGCCAGCGUCGCCAGCGUCACCAAUAGCCACGCCUUCGCCGUUCAGACGCGGUCACGGGCGCCAGGCGAGUCUCGGGACGACGAUGACGAGCCCGAGUACGCGUCGGAGGAGCAUCGAGAGCACGAUGUCGCUCAUCAAGGAGGUCGUCGACUCGAAGGUGCCCAUCACAGACCCGGAGCUCAUCAAGCUCGCGGAUUCCAUCGCAGGCCAGAGCAGUCCGCGGACCAGCGCGCCGCCCUCGCCCAGUUGAGCAUGGGACGUGGACGGUAGCAUGUUUUGCAUUGCAUCGCAUUGUGGAUAGGGCUGUGGAUGGUCUGUAUCGUGACUGGACUGGUCUCGUUUGCAUUUGUUGGAAUUUGUCCGUGUAAUGUGCACUUUCGUGUAUAAUCUUUGUUCUCAGCUGCAUUCACGAUUUCAAGGUCCUCAUAUAGCCUCGUGUGUCGUGCGGGACUGGGCCCGGUGCGGUGCCAGGCUCGAGCGUGAGCUCGGUCCGUCU